UCUCCCGAGGCGGGGUGCGUGCUGCUGCCCAGCUCUGGCUUCCUUCUCCGGAGCUGCUGCUCCCCAGAGGUGCGCACGCGUUCCCUGCUUAGAGCCCCGGGGGUGUUAGGGUGCCGCUCUCCAAAUAGCCUUAGGUGACCCGUUCCUGCCCUCACCCCGUGCCCCAGCAUCUUCAGACUCAGGCCACACAGUGACCCCGUCUGCGUGCUGUCGCAGAUUCAGUGCCACCCUCCCCUGGCCUUUCUGUAUGCCAAACCCCUGUCAUUCCUGGUUCCGACCACGCUGUCCUCCUGCCGUGUCCUGGGUGGACACUGCUGUCCUUGCGACUCCUCAACCCCUCUACUCGCUGCCAGCGGAGCUGAGUGCCACUGCCUCUGGCUUGGUGCAAGUCGGGGCUGAGAAUGUGGGGUGAUAGUGAGUGGAGUAGUGAGUAGGGGUGUUUGGGACACGGUGACCAGGGCGGUCAGGGCGUCUGCUCUUCAAAGGAGAGUGGAGGUGACGCAGGCCAAAGGGGACUCACAAGAUUCGGGACACAGUGGGCAGGCAGAGCUGCGGGAGGGGAGGGGCGCGGUGGAGAAGCCUCUGUCAAGGGGACCUGCGAGGGUGGCACAUGUGGCCCUCACGGGACACAGGAGUCCACGGCCCUCUUCCGCUGGGUGCCUGCAGGCCAGGGUCAGCAGCAUGGGCUGCCCUGCUUGCUCUUAGGGCCUUCCGGUCCUGUCAGUCUUGCUGUCACUGGCAGGGUCAGUGGGGCCUCAUCUUGCCUUUGGGGAAAUUGGACACUGCUGCAGGUGGCCCAAAGCCCGGUUCUGAAAACUAUUGUGUCAGGAGGUUCCUGGCAUGUGACCUUCUGAGCCUGCAGGAAGCCAGGGCCUGUCCUGUAAAAGGCAGAGGAGACAGGACCUUGAGGGUUUUAGUGCACUGAUUUAUACUUGCAAAGAGUGCCUCAGAGGGCUCCAUACUACUUCUAGCAAAGCUCCUUUCUCUGCCUCUCCCUUCUCUUCCUCCUCUUCUCAUCCCCUCUCUGCCUGUCUCCCUCCCUCCUUCCCUGCCCCCACCCCCAGCUCCCAGAGCCAGCUCUGAGCACCAGUCAUGCUCUCACAGACACUUGGAAACCAGAGCGCAGACAGGGCGGGGACACAGUGCAGGCUGCUGGAUGGGCUCCUCAAGGGGAGGGGCACCGGCCAGGGCAGGAUGGGUAGAGAGGGGCUGCCUGGCGAUGGGUGGUGGAGGCUGUGUGUACCUGUGUGAGUCACCCCACAGUCUCGAGCCUUCAGGCGAGGUGUGUGCACAGUGGAAAUGGGGUGGGCCCUGAAGGCGGGCCUUGAGAUUGUCCUUGUCAUCCUUCUGAGUUCCAGUUUCCUCCUGGACACAAGGCACUCCAGCCACCUCUUGGGGAGGAAACGGAGAAGCAGGGAACGAGUACUGUGCUUGCCUGGCUGUUCUGGGGUGGCCGUGGCUCCAGGGUGAGGCUUGAGGCUUUUAGGACACCAGAGGGAGAGUGAGGUGCCAGGAUGAGGUGCUGGAGUCCCCCAGAGAUUCACAGCUGGAGAGAGAAGGAGUUGGCCCAGGGGCAGGCGCUGUCCGGUGCUUCUGGAAAUUCUGCUCAGUCUCCUGUGCUACAAAGGCCACCCGUGGAAUGCUGGCCGGGACCAGAAAAGAUUCCAUUCUUCCUCAUGGGUGUGCAAAAUGAAGACUUUCUUUCUAAGAACAGAAACAAAAAUUGAUCUAUGUAAAAUAAAGUAGCAAGGAUGGGUUAUUAGCUUAACCUCUCCUGUUUGCUAAAUAAAGGGUUUGAUUUAUUUUAGAGGGGACAGAAGCCUGGUUACACUCACAAUGUAUAUGGUGUGAGACCUGCAAUGUACCAGAAGUUAAAUGCCCCCUUAAAAAAUGCCCCAGCUAAAAAGAUGGGGUGACAGCCAGGCGUGAUGGUGCACACUUGUAAUCCUAGCACUUAAGAGGCUGAGGCAGGAGGAUCACCAUGAAUUUGAGGCCAGCCUCAGCUACAUAGUGAAACCUUGUCUGAAAAAAAAAAAUAGUGUGGCAAAGUUGAGCAUCUUUUUAAAAAAUUGUUUCUGCCCUAUAUGAAGGCCAAAUGAAGUUUUUUUCAUGCAGAGCUAGGGGACAACAAUGAGAGGGGUUACAGCCACUUUCACUGAGUGCAUGUGGCAGAUGCAGUAUGAGCACUGACCCAGCCCUUUUUCUUUUAGUGAGGACAGUGUACAGGCAGUUAAGGGGGUGAGGUCUGGGGCACCAGAGGAGGAGGCAGUCAGGCAGGUCCCUGGGCACCCCAGCUGACACCUGCUGACUUCUGGGCAGAGACAGCACCUCUGUGAGCAUGGAGCUUCGCCCUGUUUCUCCCUCUGCACCGGGGUGCCCGCCCUGCUUUCCUGCAGAUGCGGUGUUCCCUCAGGCUCUGUCCCUCCACCGGUGUGGCACACUCAUGCUCCAUGUCACAGCUUGAUCUGAGGUGUGCAGGUGUGGUUUUGGUACAUGCAUAGACCCCGGCAACCUCAUGGCUCUUGAGACUCUUCUUAGCAGUUCCGGAAGAGACCCCCGGUUCAAUAGGCCCCAUUCCCUUUGCAAUGCCGUCUCCUGUUGGGUUCUCAGGGAGGGGGUGAUUUCACUGUCUGCCUGUGAGGGAGGCAGCUGCAAGGGCUUCUGGGGGAGGACCAAGAGCCAUGCUCAGCCCCCUUCUUGCCUUGGUUUCCAUCCUGGGAGCACGACCUUUGACCCUGGCAGAGGGCAGCAGGGAGGAAGCCUUACCUGGCAUGGAGGGCUGGGCUGUGCCCGGAGCGAGCGCCCACAGUGCCCGCUGGCCCUGGGUAGGGAAGGAUUUUGGGGCCUGGCCCAGCACAGAGUGCAGGGAGGGUAGGGGAGGGCACGGGGUGGUGCUUCCCUGCCUCAGUUUCCUCAUCUGUAAAGCAGGACGAUGGUGCUGUCCGCACGCAAUUGUUCUCAGACACCAUGACCUUGCUCAUACACAGCACUUAGCCCUGCUCAGCACACAGCAGGAGGAGCCUGUUCCUGUCAGGAAGUGAGUGAGCCAGGAGUGUGAGGCUUGCCAUGUGGGCAGGCGCGGAGCCUGGAGGCAGUGUCACCUUGUUCGCAGCCAUCACCGUCAUCCUGGGAUGCUUCAAAGUUGGCUACUUCAUUGGCUACUCCGAGUGUCUGUCGGCCACGGAAGGAGUGUUUCCUGUCACCCACGCGGUGCACACGCUGCUGCAGGUGUAUCUUCUGUGGGGCCACGCAAAGGAUAUUAUCCAGUCUUUUAAAACACUGGAAAGGUUUGGAGUGAUCCACUCGGUCCUCACCAAUCUGCUGCUGUGGGCCAACAGUGUCCUGAACGAGUCCAAGCAUCAGCUGAAUGAGCACAAGGAGCGGCUGAUCACACUGGGCUUUGGGAACAUCACGCUAGGAAGAGACACUUAUUCUGCAGCCGGUGUCUUUUAUCGGGCAGUGACAGUUUACGCUCCUGCCACACCGGCUGGCCUCAAGCCUUCAGAGGGCCUACAGCUGAGCAGAAGGCAGAGUUUUAAACCAUCACUAAAAGUCAGACGCAAAUCAGACUCCCAAAAUUCAGAGCUGGACGACCACUCUCCGCCGUGCAACUGCUCGCCCGCGCGCCUGUGCGCGGCCCUGGCGCAGGGCAUGUACUACCUGUACCCGUUCACCAUCGAGUAUCAGAUCCUGGCGUCCACCAUGCUCUUCGUGCUCUGGAAGAACAUCGGGCGCAGCGUGGAUGGCGCACGGCCCCUGCGCACUGGACUGCGGCUCCGUGGCAUCCUGGCGGGUUCGGUGCUGGGCCUGGGAGCUCUGGCGGCCACCCUGGGCGUGGUGGCCAUGUACCUGGUGCACAUUGGCCGCUCCAAGGCCAAGAGCGAGGUGGCGCUGGCCAUGUUCUACCUAUACGCCAUGGCCCUGCUGCUGCUCAUGGGCACUGCAGGGCUGCUGGGCAUCCUCAUCUACAGGGUCGACGAGAAGUCACUGGAUGAGUCCAAAAACCCGGCACGCAAGCUGGACACCGACCUCCUGGUGGGCGCGGCCUCGGGCUCCUGGCUCCUCUCCUGGGGCUCCAUCCUGGCCAUGGCCUUCGCUGAGACCCGGCCGCCCUACACCUGGUAUAACCUGCUCUACUCGGUGCUGGCCAUCGCGGAGAAAUACAUCCAGAACCUGUUCAUCAUCGAGUCUGUGCACCGCGAGCCCGAGGGCCUCCCGGAGGACGUGUGCACCCUGCGCGUGCUCACCGUCUACAACGGGGCCGCCUCCUCUCACCUGGGUGACUCAGGGGAGGCCCAGGACACAGCGCCCCAGGACCAGCUCGCGCAGCCUGCGGGCAAGAGCAGUGUGGGUCGGCAGCCAGGCCUUGGCAAAGAGGAGCAGGUGGAGCCGAGGAGCGGGACGGUGGCCUGGAGCUCAGCCAGCCCGGGGCCCCUCUUUCGGGGCAGCGCCAAGAGAAGAGUCCUGAGGAACAUCACGGCGUUUCUAUUCCUCUGCAACAUUUCGCUGUGGAUCCCUCCUGCCUUUGGCUGCCGUCCCGAGUAUGACAACGGGCUGGAGGAAGUGGUCUUUGGCUUUGAACCCUGGAUAAUUGUGGUCAACCUGGCCAUGCCCUUUUCCAUUUUCUACCGGAUGCAUGCAGCUGCCUCUCUCUUUGAGGUCUAUUGUAAGAUGUAGACCGGGUCCACCAGAGACAGACAGGCCAGCUGACGAGUGAGCUCAUUGGAGCCCCUGGGCAAAUAUUGCCGGACAAGGGCAAGGCACCUUUUGUCUUCGGUGACUGUGUCCGAGGGCUGGGCAUCACCGCUGCAGGCCAGGACGUGGCAAAAACCAUGAUGGGAGCUGAAAUCCAUCCUCAGCUGUCAGUUUUUAUCAAGCUCAAAUUAUUUUACCGCCCUCUAAAUGACACUGUUUUAGAAGAAUGUGAUCUAUGUUUGGGCAAACAUCUCUCCUGUUAGUUUUUCUCACACAGCCCUUUCUGUUUGUCAUUUACCCGGCGACAAUCCUGUCCCUCUGCCUACAGUCAGUUAAACCUUAUCCUUCUCAGAGCUGCCAAAUAGAGACACGAACACAUUGGGUUUAUAUUUUGGCUUCUGAGUGGGUUGAAUUUGCCAACAAAGUGACUUUUGCCAUCUGGAUGGAAAUUUAAAUGUGCCCGAGAUUUGGCACAUGGUUCUUUGCGAUCAUUUUGUAAUUUAUUUUUUAAAAUAAAAUAUAGUCUGCUUUUUUCCAUUAUAAAUCUUUGCUAGAGAGAAUUUGGGAUUUCAGAAAAUUAGAAACAGUCAGCCAUGAUGCUACUGUUCAGUUAGCGGUUCCCUUUCAAUACCUUGAUAUAUUUCUUUUUCUGGGAUGGAACCUGGGAUUGUCUUGAUUGUUAUACCUGACAGUCAUGGUCCAAUGUUUUCAAUUCUGUACCCAAUUUUGUUCUUCACUUGACAGCAUUUCCCCUACAUUGCCAUGAACUCAUUAUAAAAUAAUUUUAAUGCUAUAUUAUAGUCUAUUAUGUGAACAUUUUAUCAUUGACUUGGUUUCUUAACUGAUGAUUUUAAAGUGUUUGUAACUUUUCAUUUUUAUAAUUGCUCUGCAAAAAUAAAACCAGACGUCAGAAGCAUUUCCUGUUUAGAAUUGCU